AGCAGAUCCAUCUAGCCUUCAUCUAGCUAAUCGUGCCAAUUAGCAGUGCCCUGAGGGAGGCUAGUGUUGAUUCCACGGACAGCUGAGUGUUUGAGAAGCGCGGUGAACUUCAUCUCAGGACUAGGCUAUGAAGUGAGAGCUAGAGGAAGGAACCAGGACCGUCUGCCAGUCUAGAUUUUCUGCUUUACAAAACCCUCUACAAUCUGCAACCAUGGCUGCCCUGGUCCGUGAGAACUUCAAAUUCAUGUCCCUCUUCUUCAAGAGCAAGGAUGUAAUGAUCUUCAAUGGGCUCGUCGCCCUGGGAACGGUCGGCGGACAGACGGCCUACAACAUCUUUGCCUUCAGCUGCCCGUGUUCCACGGCACGGAACUACCUGUAUGGCCUGGCGGCCAUGGGCAUUCCCACCCUGGCCCUCUUCCUUGUGGGGGUGAUGCUGAACCACAACACGUGGGACAUCCUGUCCGAGUGUCGCUUGAGAAGGUGCCGGAAGCUCUCGGGGGUGGCUGUGUUCGCGCUGCUGGCCUCCAUCGUGGGACGGGCGUCCGUGGCCCCCAUCACCUGGAUGGUGCUGUCGCUGCUCAGGGGCGAGGCGUACACCUGUGCCCUGAGUGAGUUUGUGGACCCGGCGUCCAUUAAGGAUUUCCCCAGUAACUAUUCGGAUGUGCACGGAAUCAUGGCUGGCUUUCCAUGCCAGCAGGUUCCCGUGGAGCUGUUACCGUUCUGGAACAUGAUUGAAAGGAGACUACGAUACGAGUCACAGUUGCUGGGUUGGAUGCUGGUGGGCUUUGUGUCCCUCACUGUAUUCCUAGUCCUGUGCUUCAGGCACUGCUGCUCUCCUCUGGGCUACCAGCAGGAGGCGUACUGGUCCCACUUCCGCUCCCAGGAGAGCAAAGUCUUCCAGCGCACCAUGGACGCCCACGCGCACAUCCAGGCCAUCCACAACGUGCGCAGCUUCUUCGGCUUUGUGGCCCUCGACAAGGAUGAGCAGGAGCUUCUGGAAAGCGCGGUGGACGGCAAGGCUGAGGUGCCCAGUCAGGAGUGGAACCGCAUCACCGGGGUGUACCUAUACCGGGAGAACCAGGGGAUGCCCCUCUACAGCCGCCUCCAGAAGUGGUCCAACUACAAACUGCAGAACGACAUCGAGGCGAUGGAGAAAGAAUUUUGAUAAGAGAGACCAGUUACUUCAGUUUCACUGGAAACAUGCACACAUCCUGGGAUCUAGUUCUGGUUAUGUUUUCUGUUCCUGUACUUGACUUCCUCUUUAAAGUCAGUCAGUAACCAUAGAAAAAGACAUAUCCUUAUGGCAAACAACUGCACCUUUCUUUGAUACAACUGCACUAAAGAUGUUGAUGAUGAUGAAUGCAUGUUGUGUGAUGAAUUUCAGUAUGGGAUGAAAUCUUUCAGAUGAAAGAUAGACGCACAAAACCACUCUCUUGUGGCCUACCCAUGUAGUCCUAUUGGGACAUUGGCCAUUUCCUCCAUUGAUGAUUGUAAUGGCGAGUCAAUCUAUAAAAGAACAACACCAAGGUUGUGCCUGGACAAUAAUAUACAAAUCUUUCUUGCAUUCAUUCAUUGUAUUACAUUUUGUGUGACAAUUAUGCUCAUUUUUAAUAUUAGCUGUUUCCUAAAAUAAGCCAA